AUGGCAUCUACCGAACCAUCCGGCCCCGUCAACGGCAACUACGCGCCACAAGCGUAUGAGAACAGCUACUCGACCGGCGCCUCCAACUUCACACCCUCGCAGCAACCAACCGCCAGCCAGCCCGCACAACAAGCAGCUGCCUCGGAGAUCCCCAAGGAUGAAGUCGGCUGGUACUUUGUCGAGCAGUACUACACCACUUUGAGCAAGAACCCCAACCAACUCUACCUUUUCUACAACAAGCGCUCUCAGUACGUCUCUGGUGUCGAGGAGGACAAGGUCAACGUCUGCCAAGGCCAGAAGGCUAUCAACGAGCGCAUCAAGGAGUUGGACUUCAAAGACACCAAAGUCCGUGUCACCAACGUCGACUCGCAAGGCUCCGAUGCCAACAUCGUUAUCCAAGUGAUUGGUGAGAUCUCCAACCAGGGCCAGCCGCACAAGCGCUUUGUCCAGACCUUCGUUCUGGCUGAGCAGACCAAUGGUUACUUUGUCCUCAAUGAUAUCUUCCGUUACCUUGCCGAGGAGCCCGAGCAGGACGACGAGCAGCAGGAGCAGGCACAGCCUGCCAAUGGCGUGACUGAGCCAGCUCCCACCGCCGCCGUCCCAGAGGAUGCCGACCUUAACAAGAGCGAUGAGGUGGCGACCAGCGAAGAGGACUUGAACAAGGUGGACGAGAAGCUGCAGGAGGCCGCGCAAGAGGAGCCUGCUGUUCCCGAGGUUGCGCCUGCUGCCCCGGCCCAGCAGGUACCUGAGGAGGUUGAACUGCCCGCAGCGGAAGAGGCACCUGCUGCUGUUGAAGAGAAGACGGUUGAGGAGCCCAAGGCCCCAGUUGAAGAGACCGUCGAGGCUGAGAAGCCUGCCGCGCCCACGCCUGCCCCGGCCGCACAGAAGGCUGCACCCGUUGCAAUGCCUUCUGCCCCCCCGAAGCCCUCCGCGCCGCGAACAUGGGCUAGCCUUGCCGCUUCUGCACACAAGGUCGCCACCCCAGUCGUCAAUGCCCCCGCCUCCCAGCAAGCUCCCAGUCAGACCAAGGCUGCUGCCCCUGCUGCCGCCCCCACCCCCGCCGCAGCGGCCGCUCCCAGCCAAAGCUCAGCACCUGCCCGUGAACAGUCUCCCGCAACAAGCCAGGGUGAAGCUGCUGGCUGGCAAACAGCUACCGGGCACAAGAAAGAGCAAUCUCGUGCCCAAAACGCUGGGCCGGCCGCCGAUCCCGACCAGAAGCGUGCUUACAUCAAGAACGUGUACAGCCAAGUCGAGGAUGGUGCACUGAAGGCUGCUCUCUCCAAAUUUGGCGAGGUCGAGUACCUUGACAUCAGCCGGGGCAAGAACUGUGCCUUUGUCGACUUCAAGACACCCGCUGGCUUCCAGGCCGCAGUCGCCGCCAACCCGCACACGAUCAACGGCAUUGAGAUCAAGGUCGAAGAACGCCGCACCAACCCUGGCCAGUUCAACCGUGGAGGCUUCGGUCGCGGCGGUGCUCCCCGUGGCCGUGGUGGUAUGGGCCAGACACCCCGUGGAAACUUCCCACCGCGCGGUCGAGGCGGUCCCAUGCGUGGGGGUCGCGGUGGCGCGCCUCAAGAGGCAUAA